GGAGCGCGCCUGCUGACCCGCCCGCAGAGCCCAGCGCGGAGCCGCACGAUGGCUUCCGCCGAGGCUCGCGGAGGCGGCACCUGUGGCUUCACACGCCAGAACUCGGGCAAUUCCCUGUCCUUGGACUUCGAGCCCGAGGCGGAGUACCACUUCGUGGAGGUGCUGCAGGAGCGCUACAAGUGCGCGCGCUGCCGUGCUGUCCUGCACAACCCGCACCAGACAGGCUGCGGCCACCGCUUCUGCCAGCGCUGCAUCCUGGCGCUCAGAGAAUUAAACACUGUAGCCCUCUGCCCCGUAGACAAGGAGGUUAUCAAGUCUCAGGAGGUGUUCAGAGACAACUGCUGCAGGAGGGAGGUGCUCAACCUCUACGUGUACUGCAGGAACGUGCCUGGGUGCAGCACCAAGGUCAUUCUGGGACGAUACCAGGAGCAUCUCCAGCAGUGCUCAUUUCAAGCUGUGCCGUGUCCUAAUGACAGCUGCCGGGAGCCAGUGCUUCGGAAGGAUCUGACAGAGCAUCUGAGUGCACACUGCCAGUACCGAGAGGAAAAAUGCCUCUACUGCAAAAAGGAUGUGACUGUCAUCAAUCUCCAGAGUCAUGAGGAGAACCUGUGUCCGGAGUACCCGGUGUCCUGUCCCAACAAGUGUCUGCAGGUUAUUCCGAGAACCGAGGUGGAGCAGCACCUGGCUGUGUGUCCCGAGGCAGAGCAGGACUGCCCUUUCAGGAGCUACGGCUGCCCUGUGAAGGACAAGCUGGGGAACCUACGGGAACACGAGCACUCAGCCCUCCGGGACCACAUGAUUCUGGUUUUGGACAAGAACCUCCAGUUAGAAGAGCAGAUUUCAGAUUUACAUAAGAGCCUGGAGCAGAAAGAAAGCAAAAUACAGCAGCUGGAAGAAACGGUACAGAAAUUUGCAAAGGAAUUCAAGCAGUUUGCAUCGUUAUUUGGCAGAAACGGAAGCUACCUCUCCAGCGCACAGGUGCUGGCCAACCACAUGGACAGGUCAGUGUGGCUGGAGGCUCAAAUGCGCCAGCUGUCACAGACGGUCAACCAGCAGCCAACUAAACACGACCUGAGGUCUCUGAGGGAAGCGGUUGACGCAUUGGAGCACAAAGUGGCCCUGCUGGAAACCAAUGGCCACAAACUAGUGGUUUUGGAAGGAGAGACCCACAAGCAUGAUGCCCACAUUAACAUCCACAAGGCACAGCUAAACAAGAAUGAGGAGCGGUUCCGGCUACUGGAGGGUGCCUGCUACAGUGGCAAGCUCAUCUGGAAGGUCACGGACUACGCGGCCAAGAAGCGGGAGGCGGUGGACGGGCACACGGUAUCCAUCUUCAGCCAGCCCUUCUACACCAGCCGCUGCGGCUACCGGCUGUGCGCCCGGGCCUACCUGAAUGGGGACGGCGCGGGCAAGGGCACGCACCUGUCGCUCUACUUUGUGGUGAUGCGCGGCGAGUUUGACUCACUGCUGCAGUGGCCCUUCCGGCAGCGGGUGACACUCAUGCUUCUGGACCAGAGCGGCAAGAAGAACCACAUCACGGAGAUGUUCAAGGCUGACCCCAACAGCAGCAGCUUCAAAAGACCGGACGGGGAGAUGAACAUUGCCUCCGGCUGUCCCCGCUUUGUGGCCCAUGCCACUCUGGAGAGCGCCAAGAACAUCUACAUCAGAGAGGACACCCUGUUCCUGAAGGUGGCUGUGGACUUGAAUGACCUGGAGGACCUCUAGGCUAUUUCUGGGCAGUAACAGGGCACUGGGACCCAGGCUGCGGAGGAGGCCCAGCUGUCAUGGGGUGACUGGCCACAGAUCACUGGCCUUGGGUUCUUUGCCCACAGGUGUCUAAAGUCACUAUACACCUUCUGAAGUGCUCGCCGCUUUCCACACUCUGCUCGGUCCCAGUGUGACACCAUAAACACUUAAACUCCCUUCUUCUUAUUUAUAUUUUUGAGCCUUUUGAAGAUGGUACGAUUCUUGGAAGCAGGGCCUGGCGGGCGCUGAGCCUGGGGCUCGGGCACGGUGCCAGGUGAGUGAGUGACCCAGGCCACCCUGCUGGAUUCCCCAUUCAGAGUACUUUGCUAUUUUAUUCUCUGCCCUGUUGAUUCCAGACCUGGGUCUACGCCAGCAAAACCAUCUUGGAGGGCAGCUGUGCCAGCGGGUAGAUGGGGGGAGUGGUUACAAAGACCAUCUGUGCAUUUGGACCAGACUUAUUUGGUUAAAUACUAAAUUCAUGGAAGUGACUAAACCUCCAGCUGUUUUUGACAGGGUUCACCAGCAGUGGCAAGCUCGGGGUGGCAGGGCCCGUGGAAAUAGGGCCGGGGUGGAUAUGGUCACCCUCCCUCCUGCGUGAAGCAGGAAGGGCUGCUGGGACGAUGUGGAGGAGGCCCCAGCCACAGCCAAGGCUUUAGGUGCAACAACGUGAAAGGUUCUUCUGAGGUCAGAAGUAGCGGCUUCAUAAGGUCCAGCGUCAGGCACCUAAGUGUCGGCGGGUUAAUGGAACAGUGGUAAGAGCAGAUUGCCGUGAGGAGAGGUGGGGUUUGGUAUGGGAUGGAGAACGUGCCAUAAAUGCACAAAAGGUAGUUAAAGCCCAGCCCUACCCCACAGCUGCCCACUAGCAUCAGAAGCACCCCCCCAUCCCAAACUGGUCGCUGGCCUCACUGUCCUGACGGCCGGUCCAUUCCUGGUGCGAACAUGGCCAUUUCUGUGAACUCGUGACACAUCUUGUUGGAGUUUGGGCACUUCUUGAAAACCAGAAAUGACCAUGUUCGCACACGUGUCUCUUUGGGCCGCAGGUGUUCAUACAAGUCGAGACGAGUCCCUCCUCUUGAUAAGCCUGAGCUUAGAAUGGCAGCCGUGCUCCUGGGCCUGAGUCACCGCCCGCACUCUGGCCCCCGGUCACAGCUCCCUCAUCACACAGGGACGAGGGCCUGGGUGGGCUCCCCAGGUUGCUGCCCUGCGUCCUGCAGUUCCCACACAGUAACCCCACAGGAAAAGCACCAUUCACACUAGUCACUUCUGCGAAAUUAUCAGGGAGCCAGAGUCUCACACUGCAGGGAUUCCCCCAAGGGGAACAUUCGAAGGAAGCAGUUCCAGUAGAAAAGCACUGAGAACCCCAUCCCAGUGGUGGUGGGCUCCGGGCAGUGCACCCCAGCCCACCCUAACGUGCUCAGGAAGUGCCUCCGACACGCAGCUGGAGCCACACGGUUCUGCGAGUGUCUUCAAUCAAGUCCAAAGUCCCCCUUGCACUCCUGGGAGAUGAUACUUUAAAAAAAAAAAAAAAAAAGAUUUAUUUAUUUAUUUCUACAUACAAGAACUGGGGUGUAGGACAGAGGUGGGGCAUGAGAGGACUCCCCAGAAACGGAGUGGGGAGCAAAACAGGUGGAUCAACUGAAAUCCACUGCUAAGGGGAGCAGCGGGGAGAUAGGAGAGGUCUGCUGCACCCUGCCAGUCAGCUCCCUGGCCAGCUGGGGAUCGAACUCAUGCCACAGUGGCAGAUAAUAGCUUGAUAUCACUGAGACUAACCCCUGCACCAUCAGGGAGGCCCCAAAGAUAAUACUUUUGUAACUAGUUUUAAGUGGCUAUUGUGAAACACAUUUAUCAAAAUAUUGAUUUUGUAUUUUAACUGGCUUCUCUGCCUAAAAAGUAUAAAGCACAUCCUGGUUUGUUUCUGAGUUCAGAGUUCAUCCUGGGAACUGAUCACAACAGGAUAUUCUAGAGUAAAGACACUCCUUUCUCACAGUGGAAGAGCUGAGAAUUUUGUUUUACAGAAGCGCAUCCAGGUAAACUAUUUUUCCUCUUUAUGAUAUAAAUGGUUAUUUUUAUUCUCUGUCAAAAAAGACUUAAAUUGUUGUUUCCAUCUUGGUCUGAUUCUGGUCCCCGAUGAAAAGAAUACCAUGUACUAGGCAUGGAGAGGAAUUAAAGUCCUGAGACAAGUACUUGUAGGAUUAGAGCUGUGGGAGGCGGAGUGCAUGUUAGUGCAUAUUGACAGGUCUUAAGUCUGACCCCUGAACUCCAAUCUGGUGGUUUCUGAGAAGCGGGGGCCAGCUGCGGCCAGGUGCACAUGCAGGGAAGGUGAGCAGGCAGGCCCAGACCCUUUCACACCACCACUCUUUUCUCUCAGGAACUGGCUGGUUAUGUUACAGGACAACCCCAAUAUGAAACAGGUUGCAUGACUGUGGGUCCUCACCCACAUGCUAAACUGCAGACACACACAAAAGGUUAAUAAAAGGUUUAUUUACAAGAGAAGGGGAAAUGAAGAAAUGAACAACUCAGGGAGAAAAAGAGGGAUAUUAAUUCAUGAAUGCAUCCUACCCAUUCUGCUGACUUGGAAUCCCAAUGACCCGCUGAGAGCUGGCAAAAAGCCAAGCACCGUGAGGCCAAGAGAGCGACCCCAGCUCACAAGGCUGGUUAAAUAUCCAAACAAAAAUAUUGCUGCUUAACUCCACCCUCAGGUCCUCACAACCCUCCUUUUGGUUAUCAUGGGAUUUGUAGUUCCCAGUGUCUUGAUGGAGUUGGGGGUGGAGUCCACAAAACCUGUGUGGAGCUUGCUCAGGACAUCCUUUCCCCCUAACACACAGGACACAGGGCAGAGACACUGGUCUUAAUCCUCCAUGAGAAUUCGGGGCUGGGCAGGGAGCUUUGAUGGGUGCACAGGAAGGGACUUGGUGGUAACAUCACCCAGGAGUACCUAAGUACUGGGGGGAGGAAAGGUGCCUGUACACAUGUCCCUCAGAUUCGUUCUGGAUGUGGAACAAUGAGACAAAACCUUUGGGGCUUCCCUGGGGGUCUAGCAGUUGAGUCUCAGGCUGUCACUGCUGUGGCCUGAGUUCGAUCCCUGGCCAGGGAGCUGACCCCCAUGGCUCAGCAGACCUCUCCCAUCUCCCUGAGGCUCCCCUCAGCAGUGGAUUUCAGUGGAUCCAUCUGUUCUGCUCCCCACUCUGUCUCUGGUGAAUCCUCUCACCCCUCAUACCUCAGACCUGCACCCCAGCUCUUGUAUGCAUAAAUAAAUAAAAUAAAUCUUAAAAAAAUAAUAGACAGGCAGAUAUUCUGUGUAUGUGAGUGCAUGUGUAUGCACAUGUGUAGUUGUCCAUUUCUUGGCCAUUGCGAAUAAUGCAGCCACGAGCAUGGAUGCAUGCUCUUGUGUUGGCUGAGGUCUCUCUCUGGCAGUGGGAUUAUGGGAGCACAUGAUAGUUUUGUGAUUUCUUGGGGACCCCCCCGGACCCUUUUCCAUAAUGGUGACACCUAUCUAUGUUCCCACAGCGCAUGAGCUUUUUGUGUCAAAUCCAAAAAGUUAUCAUCAGCACAAUGUCAAGGAUCUUAUCAUAUGCUUUCUGGUAAGACUUUUAAGGUUCCAGGCCUUACAUUAAAGUUUUUAAUCCAUGUUGAGUUGAUUUUUGUGUUUUGUGGAAGAUGAGUCCAGUUCCGUUCUUCGGCAUGUAGGGGGUCCAGUUUCCUCAGCACCGUUCAUUGAAGAGACCAUCCUUUCCAAGUU